CCAACAAAUGCGGGAGAGAAAUUGUUUUUACAUUUUGUUUGAUAUCUGGAUGAUAAAACCUUAUUUUAUAAAUAAUCAAAUAUAAAUGAGUACUUAAAAUUGGUAAAUCUUGUGGAAAAUUUAUUAACUUAUCGAAUAAAAUUAUAUGAUCAGUGCUGAGAGUGCUAGAUAGCUAAUAAUCCCAAGCCGCAUAUAAAAAUCGUGGAACAUCAAGGCAAUCACAUCAUCACACAUUCUCACAGUGGGAACCAAGAGCCUGGGCCAGCUUAUCGUGUUUCGGAUAUUUUUAUAUUCUUUAGGGAAACGCUUUUUACCUCCACUUAAACCCUUGCAAUCGACUGCAAUCCCACGAAUCAAUUUAGUUAUUUUAAAAUGAGUAAGAAGACAACGCGAUCAUCGAAACCAAAGCCAGAUCCAGACGCAGGUAUGCAGUCCACCGCGACUGCAUUGAAGAAAGUGCUCUACAUAUCCGAAAAGUUGCUACCGGAUGAUGAUCAGCGGCUGCGUUUGGAUAGCUUCUACCAUCCUGGCAAGGGAAAAGAUGCAUUGUUUGUAACGCACCCAAAUGGCCAAAUUAUGGAGCUGCUGGAGUAUGCGGAGCCGCGGCGCAGCUGGCUAAUCAACAGCGAGAUUUGCUCCAAUGGCAGAGUCUAUAUGACCAUGCCCUUGGAUGCCACGCUGCUGGCGAUACACCACUUGAGGAAACACUGUGCGCAGAGAGCAAUGUCGCUGGAUAAUAUCGCUGUGAAUGAAGCCAACACGAGUCGCUUCCUUACGCAGUUUGUUAGCUCGGACGGUCUUAGGUGUGUUGCCGAUGUUAAGGUGUCUGGAGAUUUGACAUUCUACAAAUACAAUCAGGAGCGGACGCUCGCCUGGCUGGCCAUAAAGACACGACAAGUGGCGGAGAUGCUAAAGAAAAAGCAGAUCCACUGCGGCCACAGUGCACAGUCACAGAACUUUGUUCGGAGCGAAAAGCUGGCAGGGGACACUGUUGUCAACGAGAUGGACUUCACGCGUAUGGCCUGUGACAUUGUUGGCCGCUAUCUGGAUGCUGACCUACACGAUCAGCUGAUCGGCUAUCUGCAUAUAACCAGCGAGAUCCAGGCUAUUGUCGAAGAGAAAACUGCCGCUCAGAAGCGAAAGUCAAAGGUGGGACAGGAGGCAAGCAACAGCAAAAAAAUCAAACUGAAUAGCCAUGACAGCGAUGUGGCAUCAAAGCUAAAGAUCACUGGUCUGCUGGACUGCGAAGAUGGCAAGGAGUGUAAAAUAUCACCGCCCACUCUGGAACCGCUUAAGGAGCGUGGCAUGACGGCCAAAGAAAAGGCUCUGGCCAAAGGAGCCAAGGGUACUAAGAGCAUUGCAUCCUUCUUCAAAGCCAAGUAGUCUUUAGAUCUUAGACUUAAUGUACACUUUUUUUAUAAUGUAUUUUAUAUUUUAUUUUACUGAAUAUGCUUCAUAAAAUUGAUUAGACUGGA